AUGUGCGCCGUGCACUUCGAUUGCUACAACUACCCGGAAGGCAAUGUUCAUCAUCAGUACGCUGCGGCGUCCAAUUCGGAAACACGGAAAUUGGCCGUUCACCGCUUCUGCCUCAUUCCCCCAUAUAAGCGGGACGCCGACCUCAUUACUGUGAAACGAGCUCAACAUAUUUUCAGAUACGUCAAUCUCUUUACCCUGCCCAUUUGCUUUCAUUGUUUUCUGCCGAUAUGGGGUUGUCAGGCGUUCCACUGUACGACAUGCAAGCUUUUUAUGCAUCUCACGUGCCUCGAUAGACCGCUCGCGAUCUGUGGAAUUGUAGAUACCAGUUCCGUUCACACGACGGUAUCAUUGGAUAGCAUCAGCCGCACAUUUGCGGAUUACUACGGGGAUCUCUUCCUCUCAUCUGAAGACCUGGGGAAGCGGAGUUUUGAGGAUAUCUCUGUAUCAUCUGCCAUGCUCUGGACGCAACUGCAAAUCUAUAACAAUGGACUUGCCCUUGGUUCAUUUGUUCUGGCAUCAGACAGUCAUGAAGAUACAACCAAGGGAUUCGAGCUGCAAUUUCUGGUUGAACUUUACGAAGCUUACUUAUCUUCUGGAAAGCUUCCCGUCUCUGCGACUCUCGGAGAAUACCUUGAAGCCAACCGACACAACCCAUCCUCUUCGGCGAUUAUGUUUGAUUGGUCAACUUUAGCUUACAUCUCCUCCACUAUCAGGACAUCGCACGAUGUACAAACUCCACUGCUAGGUGCUUGGCCAGACUUGUGUGUGCCUGGCGAAAAUAUGACGACACAGGAUGGCAAUGAUGCAGCACGUCAUCCGUUCGAGGUCGUCACGUUAGGGCAUCUCCGUAAUUCCCUGGGAUACGAAUUUAAUAUGUUGUCCGAGGGUCCUGCGCGUCACUGUCUUUCUCAUCUUCACAAACUUGGCUUCUUCACAUGUGCAGAUUUGCCUACGUGUGUACCCGAGCCUGGAAAAUCAGGCCAACACUGCUACUUUCCACUGCCGCUUGGCUUUGACUUGUCCGCUAAUGUGGAGACGCUAGUGUCAGCUAUUGAGGCUUGCCUUUCCGAUUUGGACCUUUCGGUUAACGAAUACGGCUUCUUGCUCCUGGUGAGGCGCUUCUGGCCUAGCGGGCUGGCAUCAGAUUAUGCCCUGCGCAGGUUAUCUCAUGCUGUGUUAUCAUGGAUCUUUGCAGAGGAUGACAAUUUGGCAAAGAUUCUCCGUGACUUCAUCCCACAAGGGAUUGAUCUCCCAGGUGUUAGGAGCGGAUCCGAUGCUCCUGUGUGGCCAAUAACUUAUCACGCGCGUCGCGCACCAAGUAGUUCCGUCAAUAAUGGCGGUGACUAUGUCGCAGCCAGGCGUUCUCUGCUUUCAAGAUAUGCUGCCCGGUGGCUUCUAGCACUACAUGAUCAAGAUUUUGUCGCUUAUGUCCGAUUAUUGUCUGAUAAUAUCCAGGAUAUUGCUUCGCAUUAUGAAAGCUCAUGUCUCAAUGUACACGAAUCACUGUCGACCGCGGAAAGGUCACUGCGCUUUAUGAUAAGAUUGUGCAGGGCUUCAGUCGACUUCACAGUGCUUGAUGAUUUAUUUCUCAUGUGGCUUCAGACACUCAAACCUGAGGUGCUCGAUACAGCGUCUCUUCCAGUUCUGCAACGUCUCCUCAAUCGAGAUUCAGCUGAGAACACAUCUCGCCACACCACAUUUGUUGACCAGAUUUUUGCGCAAGUCGAUGGGCACGCAGUGAAGAUAUCUGAUCCAUGGGGCAUGGUUCGACGGGCGGCCAAGGACAACGGCCUUUUGGACAGCCUCCGCUGGCUGAGGUUAUUUGCCCGUUCGGGUGUUGAUAUUGACGUUCCAAUAUUUGCUGAGUACAGCAAACUGUCGCGGAAAGGGCUUGUAACCUUGAAGCAGGCCUCGGUCUUCGCUGAAGCCACCUUAGUGUCCGUGUGGACGAGGUCGAUGGGUCGACAAGAUCUACAGAAAUUGAUCUCAACUAUGAUCGCUAGCCUACAGCCUGCUAUCGAGAGUGCCCUCCGAUCCUCAAGUGACGAUGCUUUAUGUGCAUCGACGUUCAUCAGGCAAUCCCUCACUACUUGCUUGUUGCUUUACGGAUGUGAUCGCGCCAUACUUACUUCAAACGAAAUGAUAACAGAAGAAGAUAUCAAAAAUCUUCCUUCAAGGCAACAGAACACACGCACGGGUCAUGCUCCCGACCCCAUUAUCAUCAACGGCGAACUGAUACUUGUUCUCAGUACUCUCGUCACCACCGGCACAGAACAAGUCGUUUGUCUCAUUGCGAAAUUCCUACAUUCUUUUAUUAUGCAUGCUUCGCUUCUUGAGGCACAUGAGGUCGAUAACUUCGUGUUACGCAAUGGAAGCACCCUAUAUUCAUGUAUCUGGCAUUUUUAUGGGAUUCAGCAUCAUGAGAUCGCAAGUAUUAGGACCACCUUAUUCCUUAGAAUAUUGAUUGUCGAUCCACAAUCGUUUCACGAGUUUAUGUCCUCGAUGAGCGGACCAACAGUUGCAUGGGACAUCAGACUCCUGGCCCUGGACAGAUUCUUUCGCAUGGUACUAGACAUUACUAGUCCUGACUUUGUGGUUAAAGAUCGGCCCUGGAAACACAGCGUCGUUGACCUCUUCUACCAUGCAUUUGAACCGCUCUGGAUCGACGAGAAGGAAGAAGUCAGGACAGCAGUUGACACCUGGUUGCAGACAUUGCUUUCGGCCCAUUUGGAUGCCAUUGCAUCAUGUUGGAAUGAUGCCUUUCCUUACCUACCUAUGUCAAAGCGUCUCCGGCUGGUCUCCUUUCUGCUCCAGCUCCAAUCACAUUUCCCGACGUGGAGAGUGCUUUCCUGGAGCACAGUUAUCGAGACACUGCUCGAAUACGAUUACUUACAACACAACAGCAACGAUGAAGAUGGCCCUGCCGCUGCUCACCUUCUAUCGAUUGCGUUGCUUGGGUUGCGCAUGAUGAAAAAUGGAGUCGAGAUCGACCUCACGUCAUGCCUGAAGCUCAAGCUGUAUCUGGCCAAAAUGGUUGGCUUUAGUGGGGCGCAGAUGGUCUCUGCAUUCAAUGGGCGGGCGUUCUCAAUCCACUUGGAUGGCUUCAGUGGCAUUCCACAACAGUCUUUGCCGUGUGUGAACGAAUUUGCACGCGUCUUGGAUGCCCCCCAUCCAUUUGACCUGCCGCCUUCCCUUAUGAGCAGUCCGUUUACCGAAGACGAUAAACCCUGUCGCGUGCUUAUUGGGUCCAUUUGGAUGGAUGUCGUGCUGGGUGUUUUCUGCGCCAUAGACGAACCACUCGAGCUCCCAGCUCUUACCUUGAAGAGCUUGCUGGAAGCACUAAUGGCAAUGAUUUUUAAGCAUGACUUCGAUAGCCCCGCGCUCAGACAUCUCGAUGUUCUGCUCCGCAAGGCAUUGAAGAAGACCUUAGAUAUGUUGUUAAUUGACCUGAGCCAUGACUUGCGUCAAGUGGCAUUAUUUGUGAUAGAGACAUACAUCAAGAGAGGCUCUGCCAUAUCUGGCGCGCUAGUGACUGAAUCAAUUGAACGUGCUGUUGCACUGAUUGCAUUAUUGAAACAUAACACCGAAGAUAUGUUGGUUACUCAAGCAAAAUCAUUCAUCGAAAACACGCUUGUCACAUUAGCACCAAGUGGAGUGUUCUGCAGUUUGUGCAAACGCCCGCUGAGCUCGGAUUUUUUCAUUGUAAUACAAUCCAUCGUAGAAGAUGAAUUCCGCAGGGCACCCUCGUCACAGGAAAGCCUCCGAGAAGUUCUUUUGCAGAGCGUCGUGACACAGCCUCCAGACGCUGAUUGGAAGAUCAAUCAUAAUAUUGCUUUGAACGUGAAGGAAUAUACAGAGUUGGUCUACUUUGAAGGACUCAGCAAAUGGUUAAUCAAAGACCUCAUAAGUUGGCUUACGGUGACGGCACGCCGAGCAUCGGCUCUGGGAAACAACGCCGGAUUUGACCCCAAUCUCCUGCUGUAUAUUUCCGCAACUCUUUUGCAGUAUAACAAAGUGCAUGCCGAGCAGGACUUGGUGUCUUCUAACACGAACCACGUAACGCAUAUCUUGCUGGAAGUACUGGAGGAUGUUUUUCGAGCCAGAGCACGAGUCACGCCUUCCACUUUGAGUGCGAUCGUCGAGACGAUUCUUUGCACUGAUGUCCGAAUUGUUGGACUACGACAAGUGGCGUGCAGUGGGCUUUACUUUCUACACACUCAUGUCUGGGUAAUUUCUGAGUCAAGCGUGGAGUUAUCUGCCUCGAUUUCUGUUGCGCGAUUGGUCCUCCAUGCUGUAGGUGUUGGGCACGCGUCGCUUUCAGAGAUGAUUUCCGAAGGUUUCGAGAAAUCCACACAAGCUGGCACAGUCGUCCGUGCUUGGAAUAUUCUACUGCUCGGUGUACUUAGCGACUCUGCUGACACGCACAUCCGAGUCUUAUUGCCGCAGUUGAAUGUCUUCACACCGGCAUAUUACAAGUGCUUGGGCACAUAUGUGCUCGAAGGGACGACGCCUUCCGAAUCUGCUGUGGCAGAUGUAGAACACGCUUUCAUAGCUCUCAAGUUGUGGCUGCUGCUUGCACAAAUGCCACUUGCCAACUUAACGCGAGAGUCACCCAGCGUCAAGGCCAUCUGGAACGAGUUGUGGCCUCCAUUCGAAGCGCUGGUAAAUCUCUUCAAAGUUGACAAUUGUCAUCAGCCACUGGCCACAACAAUAUGGGCUUCUGUAGCAAACUUAUUUCUCUUUGUGCUCCAAUCACGCUCACCUGUAGGGUUGGACACUGUACCGUGUGCGGCAAUGCUGAAUCGCCUGUGUGACUCUGGAAGACGAAACUCCGCACUUGGCAAGGCAUGUUCUCCUCUGUCCCGAGCUCUAGAUGGAGAGCUUCUACCCGAAUUGCUGCCGAGCGUGGUCAUUGCUCAAGCAAAGCAGGAUGUUGUGAAUGCAGAGAAGUUGCGAGUGUUGGAAAGUGUGCAACGACCCGUGGAACGUAGAAGGGACAUGCGGAUUCCUACGUAG